ACAUAAUUAAAUCCACACCAGCAGCGUGUGAAGCAAGUGUUUAGAGCAAGAACACGGAGGGCAGCUGAGACAACUGCCAACUCUCAGGCCCGUCAAAACACGACAUAAUCCGACCAAAAUAAUGAACGGGACCUUCAGCGUUGCACAGAAGACGCACGAGAGCAAUUUUUAGUUACUUUUUUCAGACGGGAGCUGCUUCCUUUCUCAACACCAGGGUGAAAUAUCGCAACAUCCUCACAAAGAAACUUGUCUGCUAAGCUGCUAACUCGCACCAAAGGAAGGAAAAGUGUGAUUAAUGCUAAUUAUAUCGACGGAAGCGAUCUAUAAUUCAUCAUUAUGAAGAAACGUGUAGUUAGAACAAUAAUGCAGGUGUAAAUGUCGUUUAGAUGACUUUAGACCGAAGUUUGUAACGGGUUUUUGAGUAGUCAUCAUCAGUUAAGGAAGACGUGCAGCUGGUAACAGCCAGACUGCAGCAGAGCGCCCCCAAGCUCCAGGCAGAACACCCACAAAACAGGCACUUGCUCCUGCAAGCAUGUCCAGCCGAGGUGGACUGGGACAGAGCCGGGGGGCUGCUUUAGGUCUACAGCCUCUGAAGGCUACGGUGCCCUUUCAGUUGGCUUGCAAACCAAGGUUCAACCGAAGAGAUGCUGGAAAAGCCAAAGCCCAUCAGAGUGGCAUGAGGCGGACCGUGUCUCUUGAUGCCAUCGUUGGGCCUUACCUGCAGGGACACUGGCCAAAGGAGAUGGACAGCCCCAGCAGCUUAUGUCGGAAAGACAAAUCUACUCAGACUCCAGAUUCAUGGUCUGACGACUCCCGCAGCCGACAAGGUAGCAUCAACCACAAACGUUCAGCAUCAUGGGGCAGUGCUGAGCAGCUCAAAGAGAUUGCUAAACUAAAACAGCAGCUACAGCAGCACAGUUACGCAAGUGCCUCAGGAGACCAUGAAAAAGACCUCCUUGGAUAUGCCCAUGGGAACAGUCACCAAGGAGCUGCAAAGACCAAACCCAUUCCCCUUACCCCUUUGUCGACACUAGUCCCAAAACUUCGGUGCAGUGUGGAGGGUCUCAAUCAGGAGCUGGAAGGCAUGUUUUUCUGCCAGCCAUCACCUGCACUCCAGAAGUUUCUGGAAGUGCCAGACGGACACCGCGCCCCCAUCCCAUCGCAUAGCUGUAGCAGUGGAUCCCAAAGUGACCAGGCCUCUACACCUCUCUCUUCAUCCUCCACCUCCUCUUCACCCUGCUGUUCUCCCACGGGCACAUCCACCUUGCAACCCACUUCUGAGCACAUGCACCAAGGGCAAAUGGAAAGUACAGAGAAGGGUCACAUGUCUUCAUUAAGCGCCCAGCGUGAGUCAGAGCUGCCCCUGCUGAUCUCAUCGUCUCCUGGGCCCAACAAGAGCUUCUGCUUUCAGAGAGAACCUCCCGAAGGUUGUGAGAAAGUCAGAGUUUGGGAGGAGACAAGCACUGUGGAUCAACCCAAAUGCACUGCCAUUGCCUCCUGUCCAGACCCGAAGAAGGUGAACUUUACUCCUCAUGGCGGCUCUGCGUUCUGCCCUGUGAGUCUGCUGAAGCCCCUGCUGCCCUCCAUGGACCUGUUGUUUCGCAGCCUGUCUGUGUCUCCAGCGAGCAAUUUGGCAGACCAAUCCCCCUCCAGUGGCAAAAACCCUGUUGGCUCUGUGAUAGAGGCCUCUGGGGAGGGCCUGGCUUUCUGAUUACACAAACUAGGAUUGGGUUCAUGGGGUAACUAGGAAACAUUGUGAUGAAGGGCUGUUGUGGUGGUGCUUUUCCUAAGACGUGAUACAGAGUUCUUUCUUUUACUAUACAUGGCAGAAAAUGAGCACAAAUCUUAUAUUAUUGCCUGUUUUUAUGGAUGUAUGGCCUCUUAAUUUUCCAAACAUAUGUUUUGGCCUGACAUUCCUGAUUAUUUGGAGUUUACUAGCCUACUAAACCUACACAUUUAAAAUGAUCCAAAGAACAUCUGACACAUUUCAAAAUAUGACAUCAAAGCACACAUUAACAAACCCUGUUUCCUUUUAUUAAUUUCAUUUUUUGCCUGAAUUGACUUGACUUUGCACCAUUGGUGGUGCACAAAGCAUGACAAAUCUAUUGGGUACUUUUUAGUUACCUAAUUAUAAAUAAAUUACAAUAUUAAAAUCACAGACUUUUGAAGGCUGGGGGAAGUUUUGGGUAAAAUUGAUACCUAAAGCGUCAGCAUUUCUGUUCAUGCUUUAAAUUUUCUUCUUGUUUGAUUAUAAAAUGUAAUGCUAUUCUUGAUGGAUCAUCUCAUAGUGUAUAGAUUUGAGGUUUUCCAUUGAGAUGACUACCUAACAGGUUUUAGCGGUAUAUAGUUAUAAACUUUAGUAUUCUUUGAAGUUCUUUGCUUUUCCACUCUGAUAAGUUGAUAUUUAGUUUUAUUUCUGGUAGAUAUGUUUGCACAAUUUGAACUUCUCUAUUUGAGUUGCAAUUCAUAUUUUUAUAUUCACUUUUGUACUUUGUAAAUGUAAGGGUAGUAAUGUGUAUUUUUCUACAUUUUUACCAACCUGCAACAUAAGCUAAAAUUGUUACUUUGCUAGAUUUGUUGUGCCAGUAUACUUAAGGCAGGUGUUAAAUUUUGUAUUGGGUGGAUUUUUAUGCACUUCCAGGAAAGGGUUUUUAUGGAGAUCGUAUUAAUUCCAUAUGUUGGUCCUGGGUUUACAGUCUGUGUGUCUGUGUGUGUGUAUACAAAUGCGAUCAUCUUACUAACCUUUUCAUAGUUUUAUUUACUUGGUGAAAUCCUAAUGAACUUAUUUUUUCUGUCCGUUUAAAUGUCUGAAUUCUUUUGGAUGUUUGGGGCAUUGUUAUCUCAGGUUCUGUGUUUAGCCCCCAUCCACAUUAUGAUGGUCAAAUGUGUUGCUGAAUAUUAAAUUUGUCCUAAGUUUGGAUGUG